AUGGAGUCAAUCAAAGCCAGUGCAGAGCAGAUGAUGUAUAACGUCGACAACGCCACAGCCAACAUGGACAGCAUGUCGCCUAUUCCAAGUGGCUUCUCUCUUUACCAGCCUCGCGUGGCAAUUGGGUUUGCUCUCAUCGUUCUGAUCGUUCUCGCGCGCAUAUUCGGUGCCGGCAAGCCUAAGCUACCAGCUGGAGUGAAGCCACUGCCACGACAAUUCGGUCUGCCAUAUGCUGGUCGAUUCUGGGACGUUCCUGGACCUGGUAUUGAGGCAGCAUGGCAUUUCGGUGAUUUGCACAAGAAGAUGGGUCCCAUCUACGAGUGGAAGGUGAUGGGCACAAUCCACAUCUGGGUCGAGACCGACAAGAUUGCCAAGGACCUUUUCGUUACCCGCCAACAAAACUACUGCGAUCGUAACGAGCUCCCAGCCGCCAUCGGUGUAAAGGAGGGCUCUGAGAUCCUUCCUCUCAUGGGAUAUGGCGAGCAGUUCCGCCGCUACAAGAACUUCAUGCACUUGAUCAUGCGUCACGCCCACCCCAAGGAGUUUUAUGGCUGGCCCGCUCAAGAGAACAAGAACACCCUCCGCCGUAUUCUUGAGAAGCCAGACAAGUGGUCCGAGGCCGUCAUUGUUCACUGCGCUCGUGCGAUUGCCGGAACGGCGUGGGGCAACCCGCGAGCUGGCAGCAACCUGCUCACCAUCAUCCCGAUCAUUCUCAAGAACGUUUCGCCCGCUGGUCCUAUCAUCAACAAGCUUACCUUCCUUUCCAAUCUUCCAGAGUCGAUCUCGCCAUGGAAGCAAGAGGAGGCCAUGCGCAAGAAGCAGAUGAGCGACGCGUUCAUGGAGCCUCUCGAGGACGCUGUCAAGCGCUCCAAGGAGGGUAACCUCGAGGAUUGCUGGAGCAAGAUCUGGGUCGGCAAGGAGAAGGGCUCUGAGCAUCUCGACUUCUACGAGGCCGCUCACGCCAUCGGCUCCAGCUCUUUCGUCGCCAUUGCUACCGUUGGUGGUCCUCUCCACGCUUUCUUCCUCGCCAUGUGCCACUACCCGGCAUGGCAAGAGAAGGCACAAGAAGAGCUCGACCGUGUGUGCGGCAACCGUCUCCCAACAAUGGAAGAUAUGCCCAAGCUCCCCGUCCUCCGCGCUACUGUCAAGGAAAUCGUCCGAUGGCGACAAGCCACUCCUCUCGGCGUACCACACGUCGCCAUCGAAGAUGAUGUCUACGAGGGCUACCACAUCCCCAAGGGCGCGAUCCUGCACGCCAACCACUACCUGAUCAGCCGAGAGGAGAGCACAUAUCCUCGCGGUGAGGAAUUCAUCCCCGACCGAUGGCUCGAUCCAUCUUACCCAACCUACAAGGAACCUCUCAGCGAGUUCCCCAACUUCCGCGGUGACCGCGCUUUUGGCUACGGCAACCGCAGCUGCCCCGGCAUCGACCUCACCUCCAACGAACUCCUCACCCUCAUCGGCUCCCUCAUGUGGGCGUUCGAGAUCAAGCGUCCCGAGGGCCGUUACGGUGCCGAUGCACCUCUGCCAUGGUACGAGACCGCUCCAUGGGUCAUCACCAUGACCAAGCCCUUCAAGUGCGACAUCAAGUGCCGCAGCGAGGAGAAGCGUCGCUAUAUCAUGACCGAGGGUCACGAGGACACCAACCUCAUCAUCGACAGCGAGAAGCAGCGCAAGAGCAAGUGGGACGUCAAGCGCCAACCCGGUGAGGACCUCUUCCGAUGGGACGGUCUCACUGAGCAGGCACCUAUCGUCCCCAGGACAUACGCCGAAGGCAUCUAG